AUGGUACAGGAGCAGUUCUAUCAGAAAGAGCUUAGCUGCCUACACAAAGGUGCAUCCCUACCACGUGGAUCUCCACUCCAAGACUUGUCACCAAUGCUCAACCCAGAUUGGCUGAUUUGUGUUGGUGGGGGCUUGAGGAAUUCUUCCCUCCCAGUGGUGCUGAAGCAUCCGGUACUGAUUCCAGGAAAGAGUCACAUUGCUAGGCUUCUCAUCCUACACUAUCACAGUGUUGGACAUCCCGGUAGGCAGAUGACAGAGGGUUCUCUGCGCGAGGCUGGCUUCUGGAUAACUGGGUGCAAGAGAGUGGUAUCAUCUGUCAUUUAUCAUUGUGUGGUCUGUCGAAAGCUCAGAGGAAGAUUGGUGUUACAGCGUAUGGCAGAUCUCCCAGAGGAACGUCUGAAACCUGGCCCUCCUUUCUCACAGGUUGGUGUCGACUGCUUCGGAUCUUGGGAGGUGGUCACCAGAAGAACCCGAGGCGGCGUCGCUCAAAGCAAAAGAAUGGGAAUGAUAUUCUCAUGUCUCACUUCAAGGGCCUUUCAUAUCGAAGUUCUUGAGGAAUUGAGCACGUCAUCAUGCAUCAAUGCAUUACGACGAUUUACAGCCCUGCGAGGCAAAGUUCAAGUGUUCUGGUCUGGCCGGGGGUCAAACUUUGUUGGAGUGAUGAAUUACAAGCUCUUCCAGUCUUAUCUGGAGAAGAGCAACACAGAGUGGAAGCUGAAUCCUCCCCACGCCCCUCACAUGGGAGGAGCUUGGGAGAGAUUGAUUGGUGUGACCAAGAGGAUUCUCAACGGCAUCCUGCUCGAGACCAAGCACCGAAGUCUUACUCAUGAAAUGUUAGUAACCUUCAUGGCUGAGGUUAUGGCUAUAGUCAACGCUCGACCUCUCGUCCCAUUGAGCUCUGAUCCAGAAGACAUUUCGUUUCUCACACCAUCAAUGCUGUUGACUCAGAAACACAGGAGUGUUGAGGAGGUAGUCAUCGAAGAUUGUACUUCCAACAUGUACACAGCUCAGUGGAAGAUGGUGCAGAUUCUCGCUGACCGUUUCUGGAAACAGUGGAGACUCCGCUACCUCCAGAGUCUUCAGCAGAGGCGUAAAAGGAUCAGCUCGGAAAGGAAUAUGGCUGCUGGAGACAUAGUGUUGUUGAGGGAUAAGGACGUCAGUAGGAACUGGUGA